AUGGAGUCCACUCACCUCCUGGGCAGCUCUAAGAAGAGAGUAAAGAUCCACCCUCACACUGUCACAGCCAAAUAUGCCACACACACCCCCUACUCCCCUCAACCUGGAGUGCACACACACUUCCCCCAACCUGGAGACGACGGCUACGAUGACGCUCCGUCAUUCGAGGACUUUGGCUCCUUCCUGGAGGAGACGUCAGACAGGAAACAGCUGACGGAGAGCAAGAGGUGGCCUCUGACUCUGUUUGGAUCCAAAGAGAAGGAGAAGGACACGACCCACAAACCCCAACCUGCCGGAGGAGGGGAGGGGAGCGAAGGGAUGGCCAAAGCAGCAAAGGGGUCUGGGAAAGGUGUGGGGGAACAAUUGGCCAGUUUUGGGGAGGCAUCUGUGUCCGCCUCUCGUCUCACCUGGGUGGGGCUGCUUGGGGCGGCGCUGGCUCACGGCUGUUUGAUCGUUCUGACACGUGUGGCUUCUCAGCGCUUCAGCCUCGGCCCCCUGUUUCUGCUCUUGGUUCGGUCCAUCGUUCAGCUCUCAUCUGUGGCUGUACCACUGCAUAAGGGGGAGAACCCUUUUGGACCACAGGGCUAUCGUCUACGUCUGCUCUGUUAUGGCAUCGCCUAUUCCCUCUCCCUCUGCUGUGCCUACUCAUCCCUAACCUUCGUCUCCCCUGGAAACGCCACAACAACCUGGCGCCUGGCAACUACAGCACUGUCUGCGACUCUGGCCUUCCUGCUCCUGGAGGAGAGGCUGGGAUUGGCUGAUGGCAUCACCAUAGCUGCGGGGCUGUGCGGCUUGGGGCUUGUAUUGCUUCCCACAGUAGAUGAGAGCAACACAGAUAGACCAACUGACCCGGUUGUGUUUUGGAGGGGUGCGUUCGGAUGGUCUCUUUCGGCACUGGCAGGGCUGUGGAUGGCUCUGGCGCUGGUUGGAUAUCGUUCCCUGAAGGAGAGAGUGGGGGUUGGCACUGCUCUCUUCACAGUUAGCUGGACGGGCUGCGUGCUGGCCCCAGCCUCCUUGGCCUUGCUCCAGGAGGGCUGGUCCUGGCCUGUGAGUGCUCCAGCCUGGGGCUUGGUCAUUGGCCUGAUUGCCUGCUCGAUUGCAGCCUUCCUGGGCAUGACGCACGCCCUCACCCGACUCCACCCAGCUCUGGUCUCCGCCUCUCAGAGCCUGGAGAUACCUGUUGCCCUGCUGCUGCAUCUAGCCGUGCUACCGGUAGCUCCCACUGCCCCUGAGGUUGUCGGAAAUGUGAUGGUCAUACUGAGUGUCGGCUGGCUGGUGGCAAUGAAGCUGCUCCCGUCUCGUGGGGGUGGGCGCCGCCAAAGGGAGGAGUAUGAGGAGAUUCUGGACUCACCCAUCAAAUAG